AUGACAGAUUCUAUGGAAUCAAUAGAAAGUGACGAUACCUUUGGAGGUUUCCAUGUAUGCCCAGAGGGACUGAUACCAUUAAACCUAGAAAACUAUAACAACAACCUGAGGCAUGGCGCAAAAUUUUGUAUGAAAGAAAAGAUAAGGAGUACUGCCAUAAAGAGACAUCAUUACCCUCUCCCAAUGCAACGACAGGUAGCAAUGCAUAGUAUCUGGUCAAGGAGAGAAUUCUGGGAUGGUGCCUAUGAGAACAUACAGAAUGACAAUAUUUAUAAUUCUGCAGUAGUAGAACUUUUAGAAGAAAGUGGUAAUCAGUGGCCACCAUGUAAUUACCAACCACAACGGGUCCCAAAUCCACCAAGUGAUAAUGAGGAAUUUGCUCAGGAACCUACUAAUGAGCCUACUUGGGAGCCUACUGAGUCAAUCGGAUCAGUCACUAGGCCUAUAGAGGUUCAGUCACCACCCGAAAUGGCUGAAUCUGGAAAUGAGUUCAAUGGAAAUGCUGGAGUAAUCUUAGCCAUUUAG